GUGGUUUAUGAGUACUUUGAUCAGUAAGUCAGUAACUUAGGGAAAAGGAGCAUUUAUUUUCUCUACUUGAUUGUAUAACCUCACAACAUCACACAAGCAGUGAAGGAUGUUAUCUUUAAGACACUAGAAUUUUUUUUUUUUACCAAAUGAUCAGUUUUGGCUUCCUAGGGACUGGCUGUGCAGCACUUUCUGUUGUUUCUUGUUGUCAGAAAUUGCAAAGCCAGGCCGUCGGAGCACCGAGCCGGGGUUCCUCAUCCCACGGGAAUCUGUCUGCAGACCCUUUCCUCCCUUUCCUCCCUUUCCUGCCUUUCCUCCCUUUCCUGCCCCGAGGCGGUUCCGUGCCCGGUGCGGGGCGCGGCCGGCGCUGCUGCCCUGACUCAGCGGCGGGCCCUGACUCAGCGGCGCUGCUGCCGGGCCCUGUGCGCAGCACAGACAGCCCCGACAGACAGCCCCGACAGACAGCCCCGACAGACAGCCCCGACAGACAGCACAGACAGACGGCCCGGACAGACAGCCCCGACAGACAGCCCCGACAGACAGCCCCGACAGACAGCUCCGACAGACAGCUCCGACAGACAGCCCCGACAGACAGCCCCGACAGCCAGCCCCGACAGACAGCUCCGACAGACAGCCCCGACAGACAGCCCCGACAGACAGCACAGACAGACGGCCCGGACAGACAGCCCCGACAGACAGCCCCGACAGACAGCCCCGACAGACAGCCCCGACAGCCAGCCCCGACAGACAGCCCCGACAGACAGCCCCGACAGACAGCCCCGACAGACAGCACAGACAGACGGCCCGGACAGACAGCCCCGACAGACAGCCCCGACAGACAGCCCCGACAGACAGCCCCGACAGACAGCACAGACAGCCCCGACAGACAGCCCCGACAGACAGCACAGACAGCCCCGACAGACAGCUCCGACAGACAGCCCCGACAGACAGCCCCGACAGACAGCCCCGACAGACAGCCCCGACAGACAGCCCAGACAGACAGCACAGACAGACAGCCCCGACAGACAGCCCCGACAGCCCCAACAGACAGCCCAGACAGACAGCACAGACAGACAGCCCCGACAGACAGCCCCGACAGACAGCCCAGACAGCCCAACAGCACAGACAGCUCCGACAGACAGCCCCGACAGACAGCCCCGACAGACAGCCCAGACAGCCCCGACAGCCCCGAGCAGAGCCACAGCUCCCUGCUCAGCAUCGCAGCCCGCAGCCGCCAUGGGGGAAAAGCAAAGGAGGCGCUCAGGCUUGGGAUACGCUUCCAGUCAAAGCCAAUCCUACUGUAA